UCUAAGAGAGUCAUUCACAUAAUCAAAUUAGCAGUUCUGCCCUAAAUGCAAAUGAGCUGUGCAACAGCAGGCUUCACGGUUUUUUUUUUGGCAUAGACGUGCAGUUUAGCGGUUGUGGCAGGGCUCUUUCUGCGGGGAGGGCUGUUGCUGAAGUUUCUGGGUCAUGUCGCAGCAGACCGAGACAAGCAACCAUGACUUCAACAAAUAUGUAUCAGGGGCUUGAUAGUAGUGGCAAACCAAGUUCAAGGAUACUAAGACCUCCAGGUGGAGGGUCAAGCAAUCUCUUCGGUGGUUAUGAAGAAGACCCUGCUGCCUCCAGACGGCCAAACAAAAUGUCCUCUUCUAUUUUUGCACCUCCAGAAGAGACCCGGGGGGGUCCCAGACGCUCCAAUCCCCCAGGUGGAAAGAGCAGUGGGAUAUUUGGGGACCCAGAGGCUUCUUCGACUCGGAACAGGCCUGUUCCCCCUGGUGGAGCCUCCAGUAACAUCUUUGGGGGUGCAGAGUCGACCCCACCUUCUGUGAAAAGUCAGCAUCCCAACAAACCAAAGGACAAUUUAAGUGUGGGUGUACCUGCUACUCCAGAUCCACCAGCCCCAGUGCCUAAGAAAAAGACUGCAGUUGAGGAAGUGAAGGUGGAGCCAGUGACCCCUCAACCAACACCUGAAAAAGAGCCAGCAGCCCCUGCACCUGCAGCCAAUCAGAAUUCUGAGGCAGCAAUGUGGCAACCAACAGGAAAGGACCACGAGCCACGCCUCGGACCCCGCCCUCGCUCUCACAACAAAGUGCUCAACCCACCAGGUGGAAAGUCCAGUGUGGUUUUCUAUUAGCCAUAGCCAUCAUUGUCACUUCCUUUCUUCCAUCUGCUUUUAACCUGUACUAAAACGUAUCCUUUCUCAUUUACUUAACUUUUGUUUUUGUUUUUUUCCCCUUAAGUCUGUCACUCUUCAUUCCUUUUUUUGAUUCUGCACUUUCUGAUUCAUUCCUCACUUUCCCUUUUCCUUUUCAUCUAAUUAGAAUCACUGUUACUGUCGCUCCUAAAACUGAAUGGCUGUUUCCUUUCAAAUGUUUUGCAUUGACGGUUGUUUCUCUAUACGAUUAUGUUCUGUCAAUUUGCUAAUGUAUUAAAUACAAGUUUGCUUCAUGAAUCUCAAAAAAGUCUAUGCAGUGUUCAACUGGUACCACUAUUGGUCGCCAAAGCAAGCUCUUCAGUAUCAGCGUAUUCAGAUCUCCCUUUGAAACCCAGUGAAUGUGUUCUGAUGGCAAAUUCUUUUGUGCAAUAAGGUGACUUCACUUCUCUUUUUUUUUUUUUUGUUUUUUUUUUUGAUUUUUUUUUUUUUUUUGAGUAAGACCCAAAGCCAAAUGUAAAAGUAGUAGUUUAGAUGCCAAACCAAAUGCGGUUUUUGUAACUGAUAAUCGCCAAAGCACAUAUGUAUGACAAUGAUUAGAAUAUGUACAAUCAAACAUCUUUGACAAUAUCACACUAUUAACAUGUCCAUACAUGCAUUUGAAUGUAACCAGAGACCGUUAAACUAAGAGAAUCAUCUGAUAUGCCUGAUUCUGUACUUGAAAA